AUGUCGAAAACGCAGCUACUAGUUAUUUUCGUUGCGUUUUGUUUCAUUGUGUUUAAUAAAGUAUCUGGGAUACCAGAACCCAGAGAUACUGCGCAUCGUAUUUUUACAACUGUAAGCGCAAGACGUGUCGAUAAUGAGAUACGAGAGAAAAAACAAGUCGCUUAUUUGUACUUCCAACGUAAAACCGACGAUCGCAUAAUUUACACGAAUAAAAAUGUGGAACGAAUACUUGGCGGAGCACCCAGUGAAAGGAUGCCUGCUCUGGCAGGUCAGAACCCUUGGCCAGAAAUCGACACACCAGAUAACCCAAGGCCAGAUUUCACAUCAAAUAUGAGGGUUGCCGGAGCAAGAACAACACCUGAUAUUCAGGAUUCUAACGAAGGCCAUUCCGAGCAGAAGAUGUUGCUGGAAUUUGAUAACAUGAUAAGAGAUGUAUUUGGCUGGGAGAGUAACGAAUUGAAAGAAUGUCCUGCCUUCAUCAUCCUUGGAACCAGAUGA